CUCCAGUCUUCUCACCUCAACAAAGCACAAAAAACCCAUCUCUGAUUGUAAGGAUUCUUAUCCAAGAGAGAGAAAAUGAGGAGCGAUUCAAAAGUCUCAGAGAAGGCAAAGCUCUUCAUAGCUGUUCUAGCUCUACAAUGUUGCUAUGCAGGGUUCCACAUAGUCUCAAGAGCUGCACUUAAUAUGGGUGUUAGCAAAAUUGUGUUCCCUGUGUAUAGAAAUGUCAUUGCUCUUGCAUUAUUGGCCCCCUUUGCUUAUUUUAUAGAAAAGAAGGAUAGGCCACCUCUUACCUUUUCUUUGCUGGUUCAAUUCUUUCUUCUUGCAUUAUGUGGGAUAACAGCUAAUCAAGGAUUCUAUCUGUUGGGUUUGUAUUACCUCUCUCCAACAUAUGCAUCUGCUAUACAAAACUCAGUACCAGCCAUCACUUUUGCCAUGGCAGCAGCCCUAAGGCUUGAGCAGGUGAAUAUAAAGAAGAGGUUUGGGUUGGCAAAGGUGGUGGGUACUGUGGGAAGUAUUGCAGGAGCCACAGUUAUCACUCUAUACAAGGGUCCUCCUCUCUUGAGCCAUGAACCACACUUAACAUUGGGAGCAAUCACUUCUUCAAGCCAAAUCCUUAAUUGGACCCUUGGUUGUAUAUACAUCCUUGGAAAUUGCUUAGCUUGGUCUGGUUGGAUGGUUCUUCAGGUCCCAGUGCUAAAGCAGUAUCCAGCAAGGCUAUCAGUCACCACAUUCACCUGCUUCUUUGGGCUGAUCCAGUUCUUGGUCAUAGCAGCCUUCACUGAAACUGACAUUGACAAAUGGAAAGUCCAUUCUGGAGGAGAGCUCUGCACCAUCCUUUAUGCUGGCCUUGUGGCAUCAGGCAUCUCCUUCUCCCUUCAAAUUUGGUGCAUUGACAGAGGAGGUCCCCUUUUUGUUGCCGUCUUCCAACCAGUUCAGACAGUUGCAGUGGCCAUCAUGGCAUCCAUUAUACUUGGUGACCAGUUGUACUCAGGAGGGGUCAUUGGGUCUAUCCUCAUCAUGGUUGGUCUCUACUCUGUAUUAUGGGGUAAAAGUGAAGAGAAGAAAGCAAGAAGCCAAGAGACUAACCACGACCUAACGACUCACCUCCUUGACCAAGAAAACUCACACAAAGAUGAUACUGCAGUUUCUGACAUCCCAUGAGAGAAUCACUCUCCUCUUUAGAUGUCUAA